UCUUUGUGAUUUUCUUAAUGACAUUUCUUUUCUCUAGCUUGCUGUAUUGUAAGAAUACAGUAUAUAAUACAUAUGGCAUACAAAAUACGUGUUAAUCAACUGCUUAUGUUAUUCAUAAGUCUUUCAGUCAACAGUAAGCUAUUAGUAAGUUUGCGAGGAGUCAAAGUUAUACACAGAUUUUCAACUGCACAGGGGGUCUGUUUCCCUAACUCCCAAGUUGUUCAGGGGUCAACUAAGUAGUCAAAUGAGAUCAUGUGUACAGAAAAAAAAAAAGUGAAACCAAAAUGCUAUGUAAAUCCAGUUUAUUCUAAUAGCCACUUGUCUUGGGGACAGUACCACCAUGAGUUAGUCUGGCCAGAGUCACCUGCUAGUCCACUUUAUCAGUGUACACUUCCUGUGUGUGGAUCUGAAAGUCUAGAGAACAGCAUUUCCCUCACACUUGCAGUUACAGCCUCCACAACCUCACACACACCCUGCCAUGUACCACAAUGUCAGACCAAGGGAAUAAGUGAUUGAAUUUUAAUGAACUCUUCUUACUACUUUCUCAGGAUGGCUGCUCUUUUUCUAAAGAGGUUAACACUACAAACUGUCAAGUCUGAAAAUAGUUGCAUUAGAUGUUUUGGUAAACACAUCGUGCAAAAGACAGCACCAGCACAGUCAUCCCCUAUUGCUUCUCCCCCAAGACUUUCCUUCCUAAUUCGUGCAAAAGCCUUUAGUACCGCUGAAGACACCCAGAAUGAAGGAAAAAAGAAAAAAAAGAAUAAAACAGUUUUUAGUAACGUUGGAAGAAAAAUUAGUCAGCGAAUUAUUCACUUAUUUGAUGAGAAGGGCAAUGAUUUGGGAAACAUGCACCGAGCAAAUGUGAUUAGACUUAUGGAUGAGCGAGACCUGCGACUGGUUGAAAGGAACACCAGCAUAGAACCUGCAGAGUACCAGCUCAUGACAGGAUUGCAGAUCCUCCAGGAACGGCAGAGGCUGAGGGAGAUGGAGAAGGCGAGCCCCAAAACUGGACCAACCCUGAGAAAGGAACUGACUUUGUCUUCAAAUAUUGGACAACAUGAUUUGGAUACAAAGACUAAACAGAUUCAGCAGUGGAUUAAGAAAAAACACCUAGUCCGGAUUACUAUAAAGAAAGGAAAAAAUGUAGACAUGUCAGAAAAUGAAAUGGAGGAGAUAUUUCAUCAAAUACUCCAGACUAUGCCUGGAAUAGCUACAUUCUCAUCUAGGCCACAAGCUGUUCAAGGAGGAAAAGCUUUAAUGUGUGUUCUUCGUGCUUUGAGCAAAAAUGAGGAGAAAGCCUAUAGAGAAACUCAAGAGACCCAGGAAAGAGACACUUUGAACAAAGACCAUGGAAACGAUAAGGAAUCAAAUGUUCUGCAUCAGUAAUUUUAAUAAAGAAAAGUAUGCUCUGAGAGAAA